GGGGCGCGCCAGGGAAGAGUGGUGUAUGUGUGUAAGUCGGAGCCCGGGGCUUGAAGCUGCUGUGUCUGCCGAGGAAGAAGGCCGUUUAAUACACAUAUUUUAAAAAUCACAACCAUCUGCUGUUCAGCUGACAGUGAACGUCGCUGGGAUUAAGGAAGGAUCCAGGGCCUAGCUGUGGUGUGAGAGGAGCUGAGAGACGCCCAGGCUCGGCGGCCGGCAGCUAGCGGCUUCUGCUUUGCCCAGAGACGACAACACAAGGCCCGGGGUGAUGUUGGCCCUUUUCAACAAGCUUUUGGACUGGUUCAAGUCUCUCUUCUGGAAGGAGGAGAUGGAGCUGACGCUGGUGGGCUUGCAGUACUCGGGCAAGACGACGUUUGUCAAUGUGAUCGCGUCUGGACAGUUCAGUGAGGACAUGAUUCCAACUGUUGGAUUCAACAUGAGAAAAAUCACCAAAGGAAAUGUCACCAUCAAGCUUUGGGACAUUGGUGGACAGCCACGAUUUAGAAGCAUGUGGGAAAGAUACUGCAGAGGGGUCAGUGCCAUUGUGUACAUGGUAGAUGCCGCAGACCAUGAGAAGACAGAAGCUUCAAAGAAUGAAUUGCAUAAUUUAUUAGAUAAACCACAGUUGCAGGGCAUCCCGGUGCUAGUCCUUGGGAACAAACGAGACCUGCCUGAUGCACUGGAAGAGAAAGAUCUUAUUGAAAAAAUGAACUUGUCUGCUAUUCAAGACCGAGAAAUCUGUUGCUAUUCCAUCUCGUGCAAGCAAAAGGAUAACAUAGAUAUAACACUACAGUGGCUCAUUCAACACUCAAAGACCAAACGCAGCUGAGGACAAGGAUGUUGCCUUCUUCCUCGUACCCAGGACCUGCAAUAUUUAACUUCGACCUCCCUCCCUUAACAAAAAGUUUUAGAAAGGUGUCCAACAACAGAGGUCAAAUUAAUGUUUUUAUCAUGAGAGAGUGUACAAUAUUAUUUUGCACUUUUUUUAUGUUUUUAUAUAAUUAAGCUGAGUUACUAAAUUUCACCUUGUGAAACGUAACACUUUAUCCACUGUCAAUAUGAAUGGGGUUUUGUUAUAAAUAAAUGGGACUUUUUAUUUUUAAUAUGCAUGCUUACAAAGUCCCGAUGUAAAAUGGAAUUUGUUCUUCCAGAACGCCAUAAUUGAAAUAUAUUUACAUUUCAUUGCAUCAACGAAGCAUGCUCAGGGGAUUCGUUCAGUGGCCCAGUUAUAACACAUGAGUAAACAUCUUUUUCAUUACUCCACCUAAUGAACCUAGCCUUUGUUUGCACCUCAAGUGUUGGGGUAGGUUGGAGCUGCUUGUUCCAGUGGAUACAAUUUAUUAAAAAUAUUAAUAUAAAAUCAGUGCAGAUCCUCUAUAGUAAAGCCAUAUCUUGUGUAUCUUUAAUUAUAAAACAAAUAAAAGGAACGUAUUCAUGAAUGUUACUGGUAAAUGAAGGAGUGUGGAGCGGUUAUUGUUGUAUUCUGGCAUACAAAUUAAGAUGGUGAAAGCUUUACUGAUUCACUCCAACAAAUUGUUCAACACUUCUCCAAUAAUAUAGCUAUUCAAAUUAGGAAAGACCAGAUAUCAGUCGGUGGGUAUAAGUAAAUACCCAACAAUAAAUUAAAGUAAAUCAUGUAUGUUUACUGGACUGACAUAUCCAAUGGAGAAGAUAUUGAAAACAAAUGAAUAGAUCCUUAAAUUGGGGUAUGCUUGAUUGAUUUUUAUCCUUCAAUUGUAUCUUAUAAGGUUGCAGGGUCUUUUGUUUUGGUUACAUGCAGUAAGUUGAAUAAGCAUUUCUGCCCCUGGCUGUUUUCAACUCCCAGCAUUGGAUUGUAUUAACUCCAUCACAAUAGAAUACGUAUGGGAGAGUACCACAUGCAGCCGAUAUUCUGAUAUUUGUUAACCUCUUGCAACCAAAAAAUAAUUGAUUUUGCUCUAUGUUCUGUUACACACAGACUGCUAUGCAGUUGUUUAAGCCUGUCCAACAGAGAUACAGACUGACCACACUGAACAUCAUAGAAUUUGGCUUAUUUGUUAUCAUACAUGUCAAAUUGGCUUAAUUGCCUCAUGAGAACUAUCACUAGAUUUUUUUUUCCUGCACAUUUUAAAAAAAAUAAACUCCAAUUGAAGCAUUGAAAACUACUCAGGAUGAGAAAUGAGUCAAGCGAUUACCAUUCCCAUUUAAUUUUUAAUUUUUGCCUGCAUUUAUCCUUAAGUAUUUAAACUACUGCUGUUUUAAUAGCACAUCCCUAUUGUUGCACAUUGAGGUAUUUUUUACUUUUGACAGGUAACGUAACAAGUGAUCAGCUUUUGUUUUUUGGUGUCACUUGCCUUUUACUAAGUUUACAAUCGGUUUUCAAUUGCAGUUUUGUACAUAAAUUUAAGCCAAAUUGUUGGAAUUUUUAAAACCUACAAAUUUGUGAUAAAUAUUGUAUUAGAUAGUAAUUUGCUUAAAUACAGGUACUCGGGCGUAUAAGCUAAUAAUUAGCAGUGUUUGCUCUUGUGUAAGGAGAAUGAAGGACUAAUAGCUUGUGUGUUUUUCUUGAACUAUAACUGGUUGAAAUAAAUCCUUCAUACUCCAAUUUUAAGAAACCAAUAAAUUAAAUUAAUGCAUACUGUGAUAACAGCUUAUUGACUUUUACAGUCAGCUUGUCAGAUAUUUGUCCUGCGGGUGAUUAAUGUACUGUUGCUUUUGUCAUUUGAUGAAGCUAGCGCUGUAAUAAAUACAUCCACAUAC